GCAGCCUGUCCUCUAUCCACGCGGAAUGAUACUAACGGUAUACCAGGGUCCAGCAGGUGGAAACGCCCCAACAUCCAUGGAAAAAUAGGAUGAAAAUGCAAACGAACAAGUGGACCAUCCUCGCAAAGACAUGAAUGAAACAACAGACAGCUGUACAUUGCCCUCGUCGCCCAACGAGGCCCAAAAGGAUGGAUGAAAACGGGUUGACGGGCAUCUUCAUAAGCUUCACCUUCAGCUCGCUUCGGCCCACCUACGAUCACCGUCACUCCCUGCUCUCCCUCUCCCUAUCCCUACUCAUUUCAAUCCAUCGGACCAUUGCAAUCGGUCGCGGCAUCAAUGACUCCUGCGGGCGUGUUUCCCUGCUCGUGGCCGUUCUCCGCAGCUGCCCCGUCAUCCCUGCCGGCCAACUGGCCCAGCCAUCCCAUUUAAUAGUCGUUUACUCUGUCCAUUCGACCAGCCACCAUUUAUCACCGCCCUUGUUUUCGUCACCCCUAGAUUCUCUAGGGCCGCCGUCUCUGCCCGUCUGUAUGUCUUUCUCUACGAAAUCCUGAAUCUCCUACACUUCUUCGUGCGGAGCCCUCUGUGCUGUCCCUUCCUUCCUCCCUGGAUACCCACGUCUCUACGGAGUAUUACCUGUCGUCCGACCUUGCCUCCCGCUCUCGUCGGGUUCUCAAUCGAUCUGACGGGGAUCCCUCACAUCCAGAGCUAGUUCUCAGAACGCGACAACCAUAUAUACGCCUUUCUUCGACCAUACUGCACUGUGCCCCAGCUGCCCCCGGUGGUAUUCGCCAUCUGCAACAGUGCCUCUCAACGCCCGCAGCGCGUCUAACGAAGCCUACGAAGUUCACGACCCUCCGACAUCAUUUACGACCCGCUUGCGGCAGCGCCAGCAGCAGGCUGCUUGCGAUCCCGCUACUUGUGCCCCUGUGUACUUGUCGCGUCGCCCCUCGUCAGCCUUGGGCACGGCGCGUCGGUUAUUGAGACGCUCUCACCGACAGGAGGAAGACCGACCAUCGUCCCAUCGACGGGCUGCUUCUGCAAACGCUCUGCACUACCAGAACAGGCAGUCAGAAGGACAACGCCCCCGAGUCCCAACCCACCCAGCCAACCCGACCCCAGUUACCCCGGGUGGGAUCGCCGCGUUGCCUCCCGCCUUGUCUGAUGCGCACACUGAAGGGGAAGAAUCCACGGUCGACGAUCCCUACCAGCUGCUCGACCAGUCCUACUGGCCCCAAAGGACAAGAGGUGUCUCUUCACGGACAUCGUCUGCCAUCCUUUGGGUUCUAGAGGAAGGUAUCCGAAAACCAUUCCCAUUUACACCCGAUUGGGACGAAUUGAAUGCUUCCAUGUCAGACUUGGUUGGUGGUACGGGUCCUAUGCUUGGAAGCAGUGGUCGUACUCAGAAUGGGACGAUCCGUGCGGCUCAAGGUCCUGUACCCGUUCAGAGUCACCAGCCAAAUAGCGGCGUGAGAACCCCAACAGAUAUCAUGAGACAGCGUCGGGAUCGAGAGGCUCGCAAAAAGGCGGAGCAAGAGGCAAGGGAUAGAGAACAGGAGGCUGUUGAACGCAGACGCCGGCAAUCCCAACAGACGCAGGUUCCAACUCAGCAAUAUGCCCCCGGUGCUGCCGUCGACACAACCGCACAGCGAAAGGUAUCGAUUUCUAGACCUCCAGUGGAGCCAGAACAACAGCAACAAGAGGCUGGAGCUACACUGGGGGCCUCUCCUGGUCUUCGACAGAAUGUGACCGCUGCUGCAGGCGCACAACAGGCUCGAUCACAAGGCGUCCCAUCCGAUACUGGAGCUCAAACACAGCAAUUGCAGGCUCCACCAUCCAGCCAGCCCCAACAGCAGCGCCGAUCUACGUUCCCCCAUGCGUUCGAGCGAUGGGAAUCUUUGUCUUCACACUGGGAGGGUCUCACCAGUUAUUGGAUUCGUAAGCUCGAACAGAAUGGAGAGACGCUCAAUAACGACCCUCUUAACCAACAAAUGGCGCGUCAGAUCACAGACCUCUCCGCCGCCGGAGCAAACCUCUUUCAUGCGGUGGUGGAACUUCAACGCUUGCGCGCGUCGUCCGAACGUAAAUUUCAGCGUUGGUUCUUCGACACCCGUGCAGAGCAGGAGAGAGCCAAGGAGGUCCAGGCAGAGCUAGAAAGGCAGUUGAAAUCUGAACAGCAGGCGCGCGCAGAUGCCUUGAACUCGUGGCAGAGAGCCGAGAGCGAAAAGAAAAGAAACGAAGAACUUCUCAAGGAAAUGCGCCGUGAGCUUCAGAUCUCAAAGGAGGAAGCCCGCCGGGCAUGGGAAGAGCUUGGUCGCCGUGAACAGGAGGAACGCGAUCGAACCCAAUCCUUGAGAAAUGGAGAGCCCACCUUGGUCGGAGGCGUACAGGUGGUGCCCAUGAUUCAAGGAUUUCCGAGUCGGCUUAACACUGGAAAUCGUCCACCGACACGCGAAGGACCCUAUCCCGGCGGCCCCAGCGCGUCAGCAAUGGGUGGUCAAGGCCAAGGCGCAUCGAGGGUGGCUGACCCGAGGGGAGGCGGUGAAUACUACGAAGAAAGGUCUUCGUCAUCCACAGAGACAGAUCCCUUUUCGGAGGAAAAGCCGCCUACAUCGAGUGCAGCCGAGCCCCAACCCAGUCAUUUCUACCGGCAGGAGCACUCUGCUGGCCAUCCUGGUCCUGCUACAUCAGAACUUGGCGAACCCAGCGGCGCAAGUAGCGAGCCGAGCGAGGAGGAAUACGCUCGCUAUGGUCGUCAUAUCGUCUAUCCGCCCACCUUAUCGGAUGAAAGCGAUGACUAUGCCUCGGGUGAAGGUCCCUACGUGAGUAGCGGUGGGUAUGUGUCAGGCUCAAUGGCACCGUCCUCUGGCCCACUGUACCCAGGCUAUAGCUCAGGCCCUGUCGAUUACAGUGGCUCUGGCUGGGGCUCCGAAUGGGAGUCCGUGACUCCUCGUCAUCGGCACCCUACACGGCUUAGUGACGUUCUUGAGGAGGAUGAGCCCAGCCGGACGACUCCUAGUCGUGCUAGUUUAGCAAGCCGGAGCGUACAAUGAGCGCUAAACUGAGAGAUCUUCUUUUCCUUGGAAUCUUACCCGCAUGAUAUUUCCGUCUGGCUCAGUGAUAUCAAAAAGCUUCGGCAUGGUGAUUCUGCUUUUCCUUUUUCGUCCGUCUUCCCUCCAAUGCAACCAUGCAUCUCAUGAACCAACAGGUGAUGCAUAUCUUAACUACAGUAGCGUGAUGUCGAUUCGUGUUAUUCCCCCUCUUUUCAUUUUGUGAUUCCCUUCUGCACCGUUUCAAAUACUCUUUCCUCUGUUAUCUCUCUCUGCAUUUUUAUUCAUUGCUUUUCACUUUUCAUACUUUUCUCUCUGAGAAAUUAAUAGUCAUGUGGCCAUCAUCCAGGGUUGACACGGAGUUAAGCAUACCGGGCUCUGAGAUGGUCGAGUAAUGUAAUUUUAGACAUGAAGUUCUCACUACUAGAAUUUAAUCGAGAUAAAAAAUGACAAAACAAGAGCA